AUGAGUGGUCGUGUGGAGGAAGACGAGGACUCAGCAGAGUCUCCAGGACCCAGCUGUCUGUCUGUGAAGUCUAACAAUUCCAAACACAUCCCUCUGAACUUCAGUAAUGAACCUGGAGCCUCAGACACAAAACGUCAGAACCAGAGACGGAGACCAGAGUCUCCAGGACCCAGCGGUCUCUCUCUGAAGAGUGACAUGUCCAAAGAUCUACCCCCAACCUUCAGUCAUGAACCUGGAGCCUCAAACACAAAAGACCAGUUUGCUGUUUCUGUGGACGAGCAGACGUCCCGCUGUCCUCUGUGUCAGGACGUCCUGAAGGUCUCCACCAGCUGUGGUCACUGGUUCUGCAGACGCUGCAUCUCCUCAUACUGGGACAAGUCUUGUCCACCAGGAGACUCCUGCUGUCCCCAGUGUGGACAGAGACCCAGACCAGGACCAGGGCUGCUCACAUUCUUUGUCUCUUGUCUUUCAGCAGAUGUUGGUCUGCAGAAGGUUCUAGAUGAACAUAAGAUCAGUCUGAGGAGCAGAUUUGAACAUGUGACUGAAGGAACUGAAGGAACAGGAAGUAGAACCCUCCUGAACAGGAUCUUCACUGAGCUCUACAUCACAGAGGGACAGAGUGAAGAGGUCAAUACUCAACAUGAGGUGAUGCAGCUGGAGACGACCUCCAAGAAGAAGACGGUCCAGGACACUCCCAUCAAGUGCUGCGACAUCUUUAAAGCCUUACCUGACCAGCAGGGGAGCAUCAGAGUCGUCCUGACCAACGGCGUCGCUGGUGUUGGAAAAACCUUCUCGGUGCAGAAGUUCACUCUGGACUGGGCCGAGGGUUUGGAAAACCAGGAUGUGAAUCUGCUGAUUGUGCUCUCGUUCAGGGAGCUGAACCUGAUCAGAGAUCAGCAGCACAGUCUUCUCACGCUGCUCCAUGUUUUCUAUCUAACAUUAGAGAAGGUCAGAGCAGAGGAGCUCGCUGUCUGUAAACCUUUGUUCAUCUUUGACGGCCUGGAUGAAAGCAGACUCUCACUGGACUUCAGCAGCAGGACGCUGGUUUCUGAUGUCACACACAGGUCAUCAGUCAACGUGCUGCUGACCAACCUCAUCCAGGGGAUUCUGUUUCCCUCGGCUCUUAUUUGGAUAACUUCUCGACCUGCGGCGGCCAAUCAGAUCCCUCCUACAUGUGUUGACAGGGUAACAGAAGUACGAGGCUUCACUGACGACCAGAAGGACGAGUACUUCAGGAAGAGAUCCAGAACUGAAGAUCUGUCCAGCAGAAUCAUCUCACACAUCAAGACGUCCAGGAGCCUCCACAUCAUGUGUCAAGUCCCAGUCUUCUGCUGGAUCAGUGCUACAGUUCUGGAGCACAUGUUGACCACAGAGCAGAAAGGAGAGCUGCCCAAGACCCUGACCGACCUGUACUCACACUUCCUUCUGGUUCAGACAAAGAGGAAGAAGAACAAGUACGAUAAAGGACGUGAGACGAGUCCACGGGAGCUGACAGAGGCCGACAGGGACUUUCUUCUGAAGCUAGGGAGGCUGGCCUUUGAACAUCUGCAGAAAGGAGACAUCAUGUUCUACCAAGAAGACCUGGAGCGGUGUGGUCUAAGUGUGACAGAGGCCUUGGUGUACUCAGGAGUUUGUACAGAGAUCUUCAGAAGAGAGAGCGUGAUCUUCCAGAAAUCAGUCUACUGCUUUGUUCAUCUGAGCGUUCAGGAGUUUCUGGCUGCAGUCUACAUGUUCCGCUGUUUCACCAACAAGAAGAAAAAGGUCCUGAAGACCUUCCUGAGGAAACCUAAUUUUAUUAACAAGCUCUCCUCAUUUUUUGGAACCGUUGCUGAGAGUGAAUUAUCUCUGGAUGUGUUCCUGAAAGCGGCCAUGGAGAAAUCCCUUCAAAGUGAAAAUGGUCACCUGGACCUGUUUGUUCGCUUCCUUCAUGGACUCUGUCUUGAGUCCAACCACAGACUCUUAGGCGGUCUGCUGGGUCAGACUCAGAACAGUCCAGAAAUCAUCCAGAGGGUCAUUGAGAACCUGAAGAAGAUGAACACAGAGAACAUCUCACCUGACAGAAGCAUCAACAUCUUCCACUGUCUGACAGAGAUGAACGAGCAAUCAGUGCAUCAGGAGAUCCAAGAGUUCAUGAAGUCAAAGAACAGAGAACAGGAACUCUCUGUGAUCCACUGCUCAGCUCUGGCCUACAUGCUGCAGAUGUCUGAGGAGAUUCUGGAUGAGUUGGACCUGAGCAAGUACAGAACAUCAGACCAGGGGAAACAGAGACUGAUUCCAGCUCUGAGGAACUGCAGGAUAGCUGAGUUGAGUGACUGCAGUUUGACAGAGAUCAGCUGUUCUUCUCUGGCCUCAGCUCUGAAGUCCAACCCCUCACACCUGAGAAAACUGAACCUGAGCUGGAACAAGCUGCAGGAUUCAGGAGUGAAGCUGCUGUGUUCUGGAUUGGAGAGUCCACAUUGUAGACUGGAGACUCUGUGGUUGAGGGGCUGCAGUUUGACAGAGAUCAGCUGUUCUUCUCUGGCCUCAGCUCUGAAGUCCAACCCCUCACACCUGAGAAAACUGAACCUGAGCUGGAACAAGCUGCAGGAUUCAGGAGUGAAGCUGCUGUGUUCUGGAUUGGAGAGUCCACAUUGUAGACUGGAGACUCUGUGGUUGAGGGGCUGCAGUUUGACAGAGAUCAGCUGUUCUUCUCUGGUCUCAGCUCUGAAGUCCAACUCCUCCCACCUGAGAGACCUGAACCUGAGCUGGAACCAGCUGCAUGAUUCAGGGGUGAAGCUGCUGUGUUCUGGACUGGAGAGUCCACAUUGUAGACUGGAGACUCUGGAGUUGUGUCGCUGCAGGUUGACAGAGAUCAGCUGUUCUUCUCUGGUCUCAGCUCUGAAGUCCAACCCCUCACACCUGAGAGACCUGAACCUGAGUCUGAACCAGCUGCAGGAUUCAGCAGUGAAGCCUCUGUGUGAUCUUCAGAAGAGUCCAGACUACAGACUGGAG